CGCCUAUCUAUCAUAAAAUUUAAUUUGAUAAAUUAUUUUGAAAUUUUUCCUUUUUAAUAAAAAUUUAAACAUUAAAGUUUUAUAUAAAAUAAGAAAAACUUAUAAAUAUUUUGAUAAAUUAUAAUUAAACUGAGUAGUGAUUCACUUUCAAACUAUCAAGAUCCUCAACUGAGUCAACUCUUGUUUCCCUCAAGUCCACCAGUCGAUCACUCGAUUCUCAACUCCUAAGCCAAAUGAGUCUGAAAAAAUGGAUUCACAAAGUUCUCCAACUACAGUACCCUCUCCUGCUCUGAAUUCAGCUCUUACUUGGGAUGUUUUCUUAAGCUACCGCGGUCCUGAAACCGGGCCAAAAUUUACGGCUCAUUUAUACGCUGCACUAGAUCGUCACAGAAUUAAAACAUAUAAGGAUGAUUAUAAGCUACGCCAGGGAGAAGUUAUCGCAGAGGCAUUGAAAAGAGCAAUAAAAUCAUCCAAGAUUUACGUUGUUGUCUUCUCUGAAGAUUAUGCUUCUUCUCCGUGGUGCCUGGACGAGCUGGUAGAUAUUGUCAGUUUUCAUGAAAAAGAGGAGAGGCUGAUUAUUCCUGUGUUUUACCAUAUUGAUCCAUCUAUUGUGCGACAUGCUAAUAUAGGAAAAGAAGAAGAAGGAAGUAGUGUAUAUGAAAAAGCUCUUCAACUUCAUGCUAAAGGGUAUUACAAGAAUGAAGAGCAGAGAGUGAAAAGCUGGCUCUAUGCACUAAAAGUAGCCGCUAACAUUUCAGGAAAUCAUAUAUGCGAAAAAAACAGAGAGGAACCUGAUGUUAUAGAAAAAAUUAUUGCUGAAAUUUUACCAAAGAUAAAUCCCAAGAGUUUUAAUGAGAAAACCGUGGGCUUAGAGAGUCGUAUUGCGAGUAUAGUAGCAAUAUUGAGCAGCGGACAUUCAAUAAGUGUCACUAAAAUUGGUAUACAUGGUAUGGGUGGAGUUGGGAAAACAACUCUUGCUCGAGCUGUGUUUGACGAAAUAUAUCUAGACUUCAAAGGCAGUUGCUUCUUGGCCAAUGUCACGGCAAAUGCUGGCACAUAUGAAGGAAUGAAGUGUUUACAGAAGCAACUUCUUAAUGAUGUUCUUCUUCAAAAUGAAAAGGAUGUUAAAGAUGUUGCCAGCGGGAAAAAGUUGAUAGAAACUAAAUUAGCGGACCAAAAAAUUCUGGUUGUUAUUGAUGAUUUAAACCACUCUGAUCAGCUUGAAUCAUUUGGAGUAAAGUCGUUUGGUCAUGGGAGUGUUGUCAUCAUAACUACAAGGGAGGAACAUAUACUGAAAUAUUUUGAGAUAAAAACUGAACAUCGAUACAUGGUAGAGAAGUUGGGUCGUGAAGAGUCGCUCAUACUUUUUCAACAACAUGCAUUUCGAUUUGGUUAUGUAGAUGAUGCUCUAAUGAAAUUGUCUAACGACAUUCUAUCAUUGGCUGAUGGGCUUCCAUUGGCUCUGAAGGUUUUUGGCUCCUUUUUGUGUACGAAAUACGAGUUUGAAGAAUGGGAAGAAUUCAUUGAAAGACUCAAAGAAUCUCCUAACAGAGAAAUUCAGGAUAGCCUUCUAGUUAGCUUUAAAGCUAUUGACAGUGAUCUUCAGAAAAUGUUUCUCGACAUUGCUUGUUUUUUCAUUGGGUGGACCAAAGAAAGGGUGUUUCAAAUAUUGGAGACUUACUAUUCCUAUGUAAAGGUGAAAAUCAAUGAUUUGAAGGGAAAAUGUUUACUAACAAUCGAUGAUAAAAAUGUAUUGCAAAUGCAUGAUCUUCUUCGAGACAUGGGAAUGCAAGUUGCACGUAACAAUUCUCCGGGUAAUCCAGAAAAAUAUAACAGGCUCUGGCUUUCUACAGAUAUAGAGCAUGUGUUAGACGGAUGAGACCAAGGUAAUUUCAAUAUAUACAUACCCAGAAUAACAACUAAACUAUCUUUACUUUUUUAGAUUUAAUUAUAAAAUACUUCUUCCGUUUUGAAAUAUAAGCCCCAUAUUUAUCUUUUUUACUGUAUAGUUAAAAUCAUUACUCCCUGUGUCCUAUUCAAUUUCAUACAUUUUUUUGACUCGACACACAUUUUAAUGCUCUUAGAGCAUUUCCAAGGGUUAAAAACUCUUAGCAAAAUAUCUAUGUGUCAUCCCAUGUGUCAUCUAAGUGGCACUUUUAAAUGAUAUGUAAAAAAAAAAUACACUCCAACCAUCACCCUUUAGCAAAAAGAAUAUAGAUAAUCAUGUUUGAUUCAAUAGAUUUAUUGAACUAGGAAAGCUACUAUGUAUAACACCAUUGGAGUGUAUAUCUCUCCUGUUAGCAAAAAACUUGUAUAAUCAAUUUACAUAAUCAUUAUAGCUAAUAAUUUUGGAUAUCACCCUUGGAGUUGCUCUUAUAAAGUAUAGUUCCAUAACUUUUAUAUUUAGAAUAAAAAAAGAGUAAAAACUUAACAUUUUAUUUUUUAUUCACGAAAAAAAUCUUAAAAAUAAGUAUAAAACUAUACUUUAUAUGUUGAGCAACGAAAAAACGUACGGAAUUUAAUGAGACAGAGGGAGUAUUAAAGUGCUUGUCGCGUCCUUGUCCCAAUGUAUACAGCUCAGGAAAACGGAGGGAGUAUUUAUUUUAAAAAAUAAAUGAAAAUAUAUUAUUAGUAUUAUAAUUUGAAGGAAGAAAAUUUUAAAAAAUAAUUUUAAGAAUACAGUCAAAAUACUUAUAGUUAUAAAUGUGUGUUAAAAAAUAAAAUCGCAUGUAUUUCAAAAUGGAGUAUAUUAAGGGCUUUUUUCAUAACUGCAUAACCUCUUAAAUUUGUUUACAAAAAUACGACUUGCAACUUAUGCAACCUCAUUUGCAACAACAUAUGCUACAGUUGCAAAUGAGAAAUUAAUUUGCAACUUCCGGAAGAAAUACGACUUGCAUUUUCCGCAACCUUGUUUGCAACGCUAUUUGCAACAGUUGCAAAUGAGAAAUUUCAUUUGCAACUAAUUAUGCAACUUCAUUUGUAACAGUUGCAAACUGAUGUUGCAAAUGAGGUUGCAGAAGUUGCAAGUCGUAUUUUUAUAAAUAAUUUGAAAAAAAAAAUGUAUUUUAAAAAAAAUUUCAACUAGACAGUAUUUUUGUAAAUAAUUUGUAAUAAGUUAGUAUAUUUAUAAAUAUUCCUAUUAACAUUUGCAUUUGUUAUCGGGCAUUAACAUAUAAUGUGAAGAAUUGGAGGCUGUUGAAGGUAUUUACCACAGGAUGGAGAAAUUCAAAUGGGAAUUAGCUCCAAUUUUGGACCAGAGAUUCCCACUAACAUUGGAAACUCUCAAAAAGAUGAAAAAAUUAAGAUUUCUUCAUCUAAUUGAUUUCCGAAAUCCAUACGGAAGUUUUGACAACUCAUUCAAAGAUCUAAGGUGGCUGUAUUGGGAGCGGUGUCCUUUACAAUACUUUCCGCCCGAAUUCAAACCUAUAAAUCUUGGAAUGCUUGAAUUAAGAUUCAGCCAAUUGAGAACUAUGGAGCUCAGCAUGGUUUUCCAGAAGUUAAAGAUUCUGAAUAUGGCAUAUUCUCAGUAUUUAGUGACGACUCCAGAUUUCAACAUGUUACCAUCUCUGGUUGAUUUAAGUUUUGAAUAUUGCACAGCCUUGAAGCAGAUACAUAGAUCAAUUGGAAGGUUGGCAAGGCUUGUUUCCCUAAAUUUAGUGGAUUGUUCGAAGCUAGCAAGUCUUCCCGAAACUAUUGGCAACUUGAAAGCACUGAAGCAUCUUAAUCUUUGCCGGUGUGUAAGUCUGGAAAAAUUGCCUGAAGAAUUGGUGAACAUGGAAUCCUUGGAAAACCUCCACAUAAAUAUGGCAGGUCUUAAAAACUUACCACAUUCGAUCCAUUUGCUCAGUAACCUUAUUGAGUUGGAUGUAGCACAUAACUCAGAACUUAUGACUCUUCCGGACAACAUUUGCAAGCUAAGAUCAUUGAAAGUUCUGGAUGUUUCUGCAUGCAAAAAUCUGAAAGCAUUGCCAGGAGAUUUGGGUGAUAUUACAUCCCUAAGAGUGCUAAGGAUGACGGCAACAAGUGUUUCAGAUUUACCGGGUUCGAUAGGAAAUCUUAGUAACCUUGUUGAACUGAGAUUAGAUCGCAACCCCAACCUCGAAAGUCUUCCAGACACAAUAUGCAAUCUGAGAUCAUUGGAAAUCUUAAGUAUUGGCAGUUGUGAAAAGAUUAAAGAAUUGCCAGGUCAGAUGUGGAAGAUUACAAGCUUAAGAGUGCUAACUUUAAGACGUACUACAAUGUUAAAAGUGGAAUUAAACCAAAUUCCAAUAUCGUUAGAGAUGCUGGAUCUUUCUUAUAAUGCUUUCACCGCGCUGCCACUCGGUAUCAGUCGGCUCACGAACCUGGAAUGUCUUCAGGUUGAAGGAUGUAGUGAACUCUUGUCCAUUGAAGAACUUCCUCCUAAUCUGGAAAAGCUAUGUGCAUAUGGUUGUCCAUAUAUGACUCUUAAACAAUUAGAGAUACUGAAGCUUACAAGUUUUAGUGGUCUACAAGUGAUUGUAGAUUAAUGCACUUCUGUUAAAGCAAUUGAUUUACAGCGUGCAGAAGACUUGUGCACUCUGUAUAUUUGUGCGCUAAAUCAAUUACUCAACUUAAUUCAUCCUUGAAUUUCAUUUGUAAAUUAAUUUCUGUUAAAACAGUUGAUUUAGUUCAUUUAAUUUUAAAUAUGGUGGAGUUUUAAUAUU